AAGAUUUAUAGAAAAAAAAACACUUAAAACUUUUAAGCCAUCAGUUUUGUUUAUAACUUGUAUUUUAUAGUUUUUUGCUAAUUUUGAUGUAUACAACAUUCCUAUCCUAAAAGGGAAAACUUAAAUUAUGCAAAUUCAAAAUUGAGACUUAAGCAUUUUUUCGAUGGCUCAUCACUUGACAUUGCCCAACAAUGGAUAUUGAUCUUGACUCUUAUGAACCUACGCAUUUUCUUGCCAAAUUGACCAACCCGUAUAAAAGCAUAGUACUAGAUACAAAUGAUCAACAGUAUUUUUUUUGCUUCCUCAGAAUAACCAACAUUGAAAUUUAUAUUCAAAAUGUUUAAAAUUAUCUUGAUUAUUGCUGCCCUUGUUGGAUUAUUAUCAGCAGCAGAUGUUGAUAGAGCUGCAGAAACUCGCAGCCAUAUCAAUGACCCAUCUGAUGCUGAUGGAAAUUUUGCUUAUUCUUUUGAUACCACCAAUGGAAUAGCUGUUCAAGAAGCUGGCAAUAUUGCAGGUGUUAAUGGAGCCGCUCAAUGGGUAUCACCCGAAGGAAUACCAAUCCAAUUGACAUAUACUGCUGAUGAAAAUGGAUAUCAUCCAUCUGGUGCUCAUUUGCCAACUCCACCACCAAUUCCAGAAGCUAUCCUCAGGGCUCUUGAAUAUAUCAGAACUCAUCCACCAAAAGAUCAAGAACCAGAACGACGCAUUGUUCCAGCAGCAAAAUACCCAUUUAGAGGAUAAAUUCGAAGAAAACAGUUUUGCUUUAUUAAAACUUUUUGUUUGUUUGUACUUAUAUAUUUAUGCUCAAGACGAAAAAUAAAUGCUAAGCAUGUUGGACCAUUUUAAAAUAA